GUUUUGUUUAUUUGGAACACAGAGAACCGGAAGCUCUAGUCUGAAGAUUGACCGAUCGGGAGCGGACUUGGUGACAUGGAGAGGUGAGGUGUCCCGGGCUCCACAGCCAUGACGGAGUGCUUCCUGCCCCCCAGCAGCAGCCCGGCCGAGCAGCGGCGGGCGGAGCACCCUGGGGGAGUGGCCCGCACGCCCAGCUCAGAGGAGAUCAGUCCCACAAAGUUCCCAGGACUGUACCGCACUGGAGAGCCAUCCCCUCCUCACGAUGGACACCACCACGAGCCCCCCGAUGUCUACGUGUCCGACGAUGACAAGGAGCACAAUAAGAAGAAGAACAAGUUUAAGAAGAAGGAGAAAAGAACGGAGGGUUACGCCGCCUUCCAGGAGGACAGCUCGGCCGAUGAGGCGGAAAGCCCGUCCAAAAUGAAGCGCUCCAAGGGCAUCCAUGUGUUCAAGAAACCCAGCUUCUCCAAGAAAAAGGAGAAGGACUUUAAGGUGAAGGAGAAAGUUCCCAAAGAGGACAAGUCUAAAGACAAGAAGUCUAAGGACCUCACUGCGGCGGACGUGGUCAAACAGUGGAAGGACAAGAAGAAGAAGAAGAAGCCCGGUGUGGAGGCGGAGCCAGUGCAGGUGGAGGCUCCCAAGGUGCGGCCGGUGUUCGGGGCUCCUCUGUCUGAAGCUGUGAAGAGAACCGCGCUGUACGAUGGGAUCCAGCUGCCCGCCGUCUUCAGGGAGUGCGUGGACUACAUCGAGAACUAUGGCAUGAAGUGUGAGGGCAUCUACAGAGUCUCAGGAAUGAAGUCUAAAGUGGACGAGCUCAAAGCGGCGUACGACCGCGAGGAGUGCCCGUGCCUGGAGGAGUACGAGCCGCACACGGUGGCCUCUCUCCUGAAGCAGUACCUCCGUGAGCUCCCUGAGAACCUGCUGGGCCGCGAGCUGACCCAGCGCUUCGAGGACGCGUGUGGGCGCCCCCUGGAGGCGGAGAAGGUGGCGGAGUUUCAGAGGCUGCUGUCGGAGGUGUGUCCCGAAAGCCGUCUGAUGCUGUCCUGGCUCAUCACGCACAUGGACCACGUGAUCGCCAGAGAAGCAGAAACUAAAAUGAACAUCCAGAACAUCUCCAUCGUGCUCAACCCAACCAUACAGAUUGGGAACCGUGUGCUGUACCUGUUCUUCACUCAUGUCCGGGAGCUGUUCGGGGACGUGGAGCUGAAGCCCGUGGUGCGUCCUCUCAGAUGGUCCAACGUGGCCACGAUGCCGGUGCUGCCCGAGACUCAAGAGAGCAUCAAGGAGGAGAUCCGCAGACAGGAGUUUUUGAUAAAUCGGCUGCACAGGGACCUUCAGGCUGGAGUGAAGGAUUUAUCCAAAGAGGAGCGACUCUGGGAAGUGCAGAGGAUUCUAACGGCUCUGAAACGAAAACUACGAGAAGCCAAGAGACAGGAGUGUGAAACUAAGAUCGCCCAAGAAAUCGCCAGCUUAUCGAAGGAGGAUGUGUCAAAAGAAGAGAUGACCGAAAAUGAAGAAGAAGUGAUUAAUCUGCUUUUAAAACAGGAGAAUGAGAUCCUGACGGAGCAGGAGGAGCUGAUUUCUCUGGAGCAGGUUUUGAGGAGACAGAUCGCCACAGAGAAAGAGGAGAUCGAGCGGCUCAGAGGGGAGAUCGCAGACAUUCAGAGUCGUCAACAGGGGCGCAGUGAGACGGAGGAGUAUUCGUCGGACAGUGAGAGCGAGAGUGAAGAUGAAGAGGAGCUGCAGAUGAUUCUGGAGGAUCUGCAGAAACAAAAUGAAGAACUGGAGAACAAAAACACACACCUAAACCAGGCCAUUCACGAGGAGCAGGAGGCCAUCCUGGAGCUCCGCGUCCAGCUGCGUCUCCUGCAAAGCCACAAACAACAACAGGAACUCACCGUCCAACCCCCUCCUGAACAAGCCCCGCCCGCCCAGCCCAGCCCCGAAGCACGGCCCGAGGAGCAAACCAAGCGCCCCUCUGCGAACGCCGCCCCUCCUGCUACUGCUACGACUACUGCUACUGUUACUGCUGUGGCCAGCCCAGAUCCUAACACCAAUGCCAACGGGAAACAAGCUAAAGAUCCACCCAAACCUUCCCCGAGCAAAGACAAACGAGACACCAACAUGUGAAAUAUUCAGAUUUAAAAUUACAUGUGAAAAUGUUACUUUACCGUCACUGAAAUAGGUGUUUUGACUUGGUUAGUGUCUUUUCUGUCAGCACAAAUGAAAACUAGAGAGAAAUAUUUUUACUAUUGCGUUAAAAAUACAGACGUGCUUGUUGUCUCUUCAAAGACUUAAAGGUCCAUGGAGAUGUUAUUGCUUUGUUUGAAAUGUUUCACAGUAUGGCAUUAAUCGUUUCUAUCAUCGUGGAGACCAAAGCAGGUUAAGUUACUGGUCAGAGCUGUGGAGAGAAUACUUGUUUUUCUAGGUGUUUUUGAGCAAUAAAACCACCUGUAAUUAAAUAAAUGUAAUGUAGAGCUGUUUAAUGUCAUACCGUGGAACAUUCGAAGCAGAGCAAUGACAUAUCCAUAGAAAAAGAAGGUGACUGACUCUCAAACAAAAAGUUACACAGCGCACCUUUAACCAUAGUUUAACCGUAAGACGAAUGAAGUUCUAUAGGCCCAUGCCCUCCAUCUGAAAUGAUGCCAUCAAAUUAUAGAAUAGACCUUUUUCACAACGGCCGGAAGUGCCGCGAUGUAGAGUAAACGUUACUCUCGGUUAAUGCUUUUCUGUGGCAAAAUAUUCAUGUAUUUUCCACCAGCUUCAUAAAUCUGCCCCAUCACCAAACCUUCAUCUAACAAGGUCGACAAAGGACAUAUUCUGUCCAUGAAGAAUUUAUCCACGACUAUCAAGGUAAGAAAGAUGAAAACGUAAAGGCGAACAACGACGAAGCAUUAGUGAACUACUCCUGAGUAAAACUAACAUUAUGGUCAUGAAUAAAACACAAUGAGCACGUAUACAUGCACAUCAGUAUCCCUGUUAUGAUCGGGUUUUUUGAGUAGCCCGGUUUCUUCAUGGUGCAUGUAUACACAGUAUCCCGGUUUCAGUAUCCUGGUUAUUAGAAACCGGGAUACUGUAGCUGGUAUUUUCCGGGAUACUGAGGUGCAUGUAUACGCACUCAAUAAGUAACUUGUUAACUCAACGACAAUUUACAAAAACUCAAGAUAUUAGCAUAGACAGAGAGAUUUGUGCAGUUUAAAGGCUAGACGUGUAAUCUGUGAACAUCUGUAGCCUUUAAACUGCACAAAUCUCUCUGUCUAUGCCAAUAUCUACAUCAUGAAAUAGAUUUUUAAUUUUAAUUGCAGAGUCAGUCUGAGUUAACAAGUUACUUAUGUUUUAUUCAUGACCAUAUCGUUAGUUUUGCUCAGUAGUUCACUAAUACGUCGUUGUUGUUCGGCUUUACGUUUUCAUCUUUCUUACCUUGAUAGUUGUGGAUAAAUUCUUCGUGGACAGAAUAUGUCCUUUGUCGACCUUGUUGAAUGAAGAGUGUGUGAUGGGCCAGAUUUAUGAAGCUGUAAAAGUAAAAUACGUGCAACAUUUCCACAGAUAUUUUGCCAGAGAAAAGCAUUAACCUAAGUGACGUUUACCUACAUCGCAGCACUUCUGGAUGUUUUGGAAAAGGUCUGUAUUGUUAAUGGAACCUAUUGCAGCUUUCUGCAGAACGGAGAGGUAAUUUGGCAAAAAAAAAACAUGAACAAGUACUACGUUUCCUGAUAUUUUGCCUCAUCAGCACAGUUUUUGUUUCCCCCACUUUGAUACAAGCAAAACAGUAAAGUGUAGCUUAGUUUAACCUGCUAUUGUGAGUGGGACCAGAAUUUGAACCGUGCCAAGCCUUUACUAAAUAAACAUUGUAAUAUAACUUAAAAUGUUAAACUCAUUUUCCAAAUAUCUAUACAUUAAAAUCAUUUUUUAAUAUAAGUUUCUGAACAAGGACCACCGUGCCAUUAUUACUUUUUUGCCCAAAGAGCCAUUAAUGGAAAUUUCUCUAAAUAUUGUAACAUUUAUUAUUAGUCAAAUUAUAUAUUAUGAAGGAAUUGUACCAGAAAUUGUUAAAAUCCCAUAUUAUGCAAUUUUUUUUUUUUUUUUUUUUUUAAACCUAUUUUAUAAUGUUUCCUCAUCAAAAACAUAACAUUUCUCUCAAACAGAAAUCUCUCUGUUCCACCUUGUGAUGUCACGUGGUAAUACAGGGAGUGCUCCACUGUGGUUUUAAACUCCACACACCUUCACUAGAAUCAUUUGGAUAAUUUCAGACCUGGAAUUUCCAAUCUCUACUGAAAAAAAGGUAAAAUGUAGCUGUUAAUAUUAAAAAAUCUACCACUUCAUAACACAAGGUGGAGGAGAGUAUUUGGAGCUUUGGGAAUGUCCAUUUUACGUAAUAUAAGACCUUUAAAAUAACUUUUGAGUAAUAUAUACCACACAUUGAAGUUUAAAUAUAUCCUUAGAUGCUUUGUUUAAUUUAAAAAAAGCCCAUAGUAUUUUUACAGUGUUGCUUCUCCAAAUUGGUAUUGAAAAUCUCAAACCCUACAGUGCUAUAAACGGUUUAUUCUUACUGUAAAUACGAUUUCAAUCUCAAAAUUCUGCUGAGAACUAAUCGACACAUUCUCCUGGUGAAUUUUGCACAUCGUAAAUCUUUGGCGCAAUCUUGAUAUCUGUGUUUAUUAUUAUUAUUGCACAAAAUGAAACAAGGUUCAGUAACAAAGAUCGUAAAAGAUGAUGACUGAUUUCGCUGUUAGUCAAACUCCAUCGGACUCGUAAAACUCCAUCAUUUCAAUUCACUGCUGAUCUUUGAGUUUCUAUUUAAAGCAAAUAUAAAUGGCUUAAUUACUGUUAUCUGUAGAAAACUGUACAAUUGCAAACAAUGUAUUUUCCACCCUAUGUUUUGUCAUGUAACUUUAAUUAUUAUUAUUAUUAUUUAAAGGACCCAUAUUACGCUAUAUUUAUUACGAUUUAUGUUAUAAUGUUGUUUCCUCAUCACAAACAUACCUGGAGUUGUGUUUUGUUUCAUUCACACUUGUGCGUCUACGUAUUUAAGUUAAGUAUAAGUUCUUCUCUCAGACAGAAAACACUCGGUUCCACCUUGUGAUGUCAUCAAGUGUUAAUACAGGAAUGCCCCACUGUGUUUUAAAAGUCUCUAUUUGGAUAAUUUCAGCCCUGGAAUCGCCAAUCUCUACUAAACAAAAAGGUAAAAGGGUUGCUUUUAACUUGAAAACUACCACUACGUGACAUCACAAGGUGGAACCGGACAAGGAAAUGAAAGAAUGAAACAAAACACAACUCCACAAGUCUGUUUUUGAUGAGGUAACAAAUAUAACAUGACUAAAAGAGUGAAUUCUGCGUAAUACACAUCCUUUUAAACGUGUUUGUCGGUGUGAUUGGCUCUGCGUUGGUCACAGAUAAUCAAUAGUUUUCCUUCCUGUGGCUGAUUCAGUGAGUGAGUUGGACUUUGGUUUGUCGCUUGGUUGUUUUUCAUUUAUUGUCAAGAGAGACUGUUGCAGGUGUGAUAAUGCUGUGAAGAAUAAAGUGUCGAUGUAAUUCACAUAAA